AUCUAGUAAGUGUCAGUCUCUCAAAAUUUCAGUAUUUACGUCAUUUCCAGCAAUGAAAGUAAAAACUUUUCUUUGAAUAAUAAGUCUUGUGUGUCAAAUGAUAGUGAAAUCGUGUAGUUUUCAGCUGUGCUGAGAGUUUCUAGAAAAUCCUGGAUAAUUCCGCUAAGAUUAUGUCGCAUAACCCUCGCCAGAACUACGGCUACCCGCAACUUCCGCCAGAUUACUACGUCGACGAUCCCGAGGGAUUCGUUUCGGAUUACUCGGAUAGCGAUGCGUUAUCGGAAAAUCAACGACAGUCUUUCGGCGUGGCACCUCCACGUCAUCUGCCGGAGAUCUACGACAGAAAUACUCUCGCGUCUCACCAGAUGAUCACCAGCAAGCAGCAGUACAGUUCGCAGCCGUAUAUUCAGCAAUAUUAUCACAACAGGAAUCUCCCACAGAUUCCAAGAACUCAGUCUGCCAUUCCGCCACAAACCUAUCCUCACCCUUACAACAAUAGCCUGCAGCGACAUUUUUACCCCUCGGAAGAAAUUAAUUAUGACUAUGCAGGGUCGCAACAGAAAGUUAUGGCUCAGAUGCAGCAGUAUAAAAGCGCGAUGAGGAAAGUUCCAGAUCCGGCUUCUUACAACGUGAUGUCGAAACAGACUAACCCCAAAAGGUAUCCGGUAACGGUUGGAACACCAAAGUACUACAGAAAACCCCCUGUUAACUCAAUCUACAAAAGGCCCUCUGCACUAUGCCUUCCCGUCGCGAGCCAGCCCGACCCUGCGGCAUAUCGUCGACCCAAACGGGCCCCCGUUUUCAACGACCAAACCCUCUACGGAAUGCAGCAGGAAAUCCCAUCGGGGAUGGAAAAUCCAAGCUUAGAAAGUCCAGUGGAUGAUGGCACUAAGGACCAGAUUGAUGCAGUUUUGGUCCCCCACAAGGUGGAUUCUGAGGGAGACGUUGACGCUAAGAUAUCUAACUUCGAAGAAUUAUUGGCAAAAUUUGAGAGGGAGAAUGGACCAAAGAAAACGAAGAGUCGGAACGACAUUUCUAAGAUAUCAAAAUUUUUGAAACCCAGGGUGAGAUUUGUGUUGAACGUCUCUGGCGGGCACGAUAAUAUUUCCAUAUUGUUCAGUCAAGGAAAAUACAUCGGUGCGGUUUUAUAUUUGAGCAAAACAAGAGAAAUCCGGAAUCAAAAGAUAUUUAAAAUCAUAAAAAAUUCAAAAAUCCAAAAAUCAAUCAAACCUAAUUUAAAAAGAAGAAUGCAGAAAUACGAGACCCCAAAAAAUUCCAAAAAUGCCAGAAUAUGUUCACAAAUCAGUUAGAGAUCAUUUCUUGUU